AUGACUAAAUUUACUGUAGUGCCACUCUCUGUUCUUCUCGUUAUCUUACUACUCUCCACUGAGUCGUUGGCUAAGUCGGCUAAGUCCGAGAAGUCUGAUGAGUCGGACGAAAACAACGCCGUUUCUUUGCCGUCAUGUUGCGGGUUCUCGACGCCUCUUCUGAUCAAGAAAGAUCAAUGGAAACCAAUCUUCACGACAACUUACGGACAGAUCUCAACCGUGCAAAUCGGCGAUGGAUGCGGCGGAAUGGGGCCUUACAAGAUACAUUCCAUAACGCUGGAGCCAAACACGCUUUUGCUCCCUCUUCUUCUUCAUUCCGACAUGGUCUUCUUUGUCGAGUCUGGAAGUGGGAUUCUGAAUUGGGUGGAAGAGAAAGCGACGAGUUCGGAGAUAAGACGAGGGGACGUUUACAGGUUACGUCCCGGUACGGUUUUCUACUUACAGAGCAAACCGGUGGAUAUCUUCCUUGGAACCAAACUUAGGAUUUAUGCAAUCUUUUCCAAUAGCGAGGAGUGUUUACAUGAUCCUUGCUUUGGUGCAUACUCGAGUAUCACAGAUCUCUUGUUUGGUUUUGAUGAGACAAUUCUCCAGUCAGCUUUUGGGGUUCCUGAAGAUAUAAUAGGGCUGAUGAAGAACCGAACGCAGCCACCGUUGAUCGUGCAAGAUAUGCUGCCUUCACCUGGUGAGGCCAACACUGACACGUGGCACCUCCAGCCGCGUUUGCUCAAACUCUUUGCCGGAGAGAAAACCGCAGAGUCGGUGAUGGAGCUAGUAGAGAACAAGAAGAAGGAGAAGAAGGAGAAGAAGCCCAAGACGAAGAGUGCAAAGCCAUUUAACGUUUUCGAGUCCGAACCGGAUUUCCAGAGCGAAAACGGUCGUACCAUAACGAUCAACACAAAGGAUCUCAAAGUGUUGAAAGGCUCGGCGGUUGGCGUUUUCAUGGUGAACCUAACUCAGGGGUCGAUGAUGGGACCGCACUGGAACCCAUCCGCUUGCGAGAUAUCGAUUGUGUUGAAAGGAUCGGGGAUGGUUCGUGUGCUUAGGAACUCGAUAUCAAGAUCAUCACCGGAGUGCAAGAACAAGAGGUUUAAGGUGGAGGAAGGAGAUAUUUUCGCUGUCCCGCGGUUACAUCCAAUGGCUCAACUGUCUUUCGACAAUGACUCGUUGAUAUUCGUUGGGUUUACUACUUCGGCUAGGAACAACGAGCCGCAGUUCUUGGCCGGGAAGAGCUCGGCUUUGCGGUUGCUUGACCAGGACGUAUUGGCUGCGUCGUUUAAUGUGAGCAGUGUGUUGAUCUCUGGAAUUUUGGGAGCUCAGAAGGAGGCGGUUGUGUUGGGAUGUCCUUCUUGUGCGGAAGGAGAGAUGGAGAAGCUUAAGGCGGAAGGGGAGUCGCAGAGGAGAGAGGAUGAGAGGGAGAAAGAGCAAGAGGAGGCUAAGAAGGAAGAGGAAGAGAGGAGGAAACGAGAAGAAGAAGAAGAAGAGAAGAAGCACCCGCCUCAGCCUCAACCUCAGAAGCCACCACAACCGCAAACACCGGGAGAAGAACCAAAAGGACCGCAACCAUCGGAGGAGGAAGAAGAGAAGUGGUCGCCUCAGCCAAACGCAACCGCCGAGGAAGAAUGA